AUGGGUAAAAAUUUAAAAAGAAGAUGGAAUGGACGAGAAGAAUUUUGUGGAGAUGACCUUUCAAGUUCAUCAAUUAUUGACUUCGUGGCAGGAACCGUACGGUAUAGUCCUGAACAGAAAUGGGUAGUAACUUCUUCAAUUGCAGCACGGAACGUUUCUUCCAUUCUUCACUAUCAAAAGUCUAAGAAAGGCGCAGUUGUCGCACCUGUUAUGGUUAUCGAUAAAGAUAUAAGUAAUCUGACUGUUGAUAUUUGGAUAAAUCUUAUGCUGUAUGGUAUGAUAGCUUGUGAUAAAAGUUAUAUGGUUGAUAAGGGCAGUUGCAAGAUCAAUGAAAUACCAUGA